UCGAAAACAAGUUGUGCGAAUAUCAUCGCGGUUUUCCUUCUUAUUUUUUUUUUUUUGUCUCGUGAUCGGCUGCCUAACCACGAACCGCGAAAUGCGUGCGUCCAGAAUUUGAAAAGUUUUUUUUUUUUUUUUUUUUCUCGCCAAUAAAACCACCAGUUUGGCGAUGUCGCAAUCCGGAGAUGAGAAAACUGCCCCGGAAAGCGUGAACCGUGACGAAAAAGUAACUCUGGUAUCGAGGAUAUCAAAGCUCAGAAAAAUCCUCGAGGAGCUUCGCUGCGCACUUCAAAACGAACGAUGUAACCUAAAAUUAGAAAUUGAAGAAACUAUCGCUUACAUAACGGAUCGAAACCUCGGGAAACCCCAACCCCUUCCGGUCAUAGAAUUGUUCCCUCGCUCGAAGUUUCGCGACCACAACGAGGCUUUAGAUUACUUUGGGUAUCGGUUGAGGCCAAAUCGCACACUUGGCGGUCGAUUCGACGAGCAUCCGAUUUUCACGGACGACGAUCCCUAUCGGAGCGACGUUAACGGUCUUCGCUGCGGAUUGGAUUUCGUUCAGUCUAAUGAAUAUCUGGAUCCAACUCCCUCCGCGAUAUCAAACUUCUAUAAGCAGAAGAUAUUAAACCUCGAGGCCGACUGUUCGGCGGGAUUAAAUCAGGUCAAAACUAGAUUUAUAGAGUCCCUUCAGUCCCUCCAAGACUACGCGAUCCCGUUGGAAACUUUACGUCGUCGAGCGGAUCCAUUGAAAUACUCGGUAGUUGAAAAUCCGCCGGAAAUAAGCUUACCCUUUAAUUUCGAAGAUACGGAACCUGCGCCGGCGAACGAGAAAAUGAUCCAUUAUUAUUUUCGGAGCGACGCGACGGCGGAGCCGAAAAUAUCGAAAUCGACGCUGAUCGAUGACGUGCAAAGUUUGUGGUCGGUGGACAUGCGGGGCACGGGAAUUAGUACGACGGUUGAUCGACGGUGUGAGUCUGACUUUUGCGGUUUGAUCUAUCAAGCGUCAACGCUGCGUCUCGCCUCGUCCCAAAGUUUCGACCUCCCAAACUCAAUAAGUGACAUUACUACGGAGGAAAACUAUCCCGGGGAGAUCAACGCCUCGACGACGUUGCCGUUAGCCGUCAUUUUUGCCCGAUGACUAUCGUCGUCGGGGUUGCGCAUAUGGUUUUCAUUUCACGAGCGACGAUUUUUUGAAGAUUUAUUAAUAUACGACGUUCGUUAUACAUGAUGUUCAAUAUUUAGGGGGUGGUUCGGGACCUGAUUUCAUUCUUUGAUUUUACUCGACAUCUCGCCGUCGUUCGGACGACGGAUAAAACUGAUAGAAAAACGAAAGAAAACAAAAAAAACGAAAAAAAAAUAAAAAAUAAAACGAGACGGCGUUGGCUCUCUUCCACAACGCAGCUCACGCCACGUACUCACAUCGGCAUACGAACGAAGCGAAGAAGGUUUACAAAGGUCUAAUGUCGGAGGUCGUAGAGUGCAGCAGAUUUGCCGGCUAAGCCUUUUAUGAGGUGGUGCGGUAUAGAGAGAGAGAGAGAGCGAUAGGACAAAGGCCCGAAGCUGUCUUGGGCUGAAGAACGGCGAGCGAGGGGGUGAAGUGGUAUCGGUGAAGUGAUGGCUGCCAACCAGAAAUAAGAAUAAGAAAAAGCAAAAAAUGUGAGAGAAAAAAGUUGAGGCGGAUACGGUACCAAGGGAUGAAAAAGGUGCGCGAAAGAAUAUGUGUACGUACAGCCGUCCUACUGCACCACUCACCCGUCCGCUAUUGCUAUACGCGCGGAGUGCACUCCGUGCUAAAUCAGCGAGACUUUAACUCCCUUUCCGUCUAUGUGUAUACGUACGUUUAUUUUUUUCGUAUCCGCAUCUUCCGAAGUUUCUCAUUUCAUUAUUUUACCUCUUCUUAUCAUUAUUAUUACCGUCGCUCUCGCCAUUUCCAUUAUGUGCAUCGUUUCCACAGACACACAGGUUCUUUCGCACGUGUCCGUAAUAUCCUUCGGAGCUCGACGUUAUUUUCUAAACUUUUUACGUAACUGAGAAUGUCGGAGGAGAAAUUUUUCUGGAAUUGAAUUUCAGCUUCCUUCUGAUUAGCAAAAUAAGGCAAUCAGAGUGGCACCUUUUUCUUCGUCGUGCGUCGGGGUCUGCGAAAAAGGAAAGCGGUUCUCUGCGUACAGAAACGGGGAGCAAACGCCCGAUUUGAAUUUUCAUUUCGGUAGAAAAUUUUAUCCCUCGCUAGGCUCUAUUUCACCAACGUCCUACGAUGUUUGUAACGAUACUGAAAUGUAGCUCGAUAAUGUUCCACGAACACAUAUUCACAUACACGGGUGUACGAUGUGUAUGUACGUGCUUGAAAGUUUAUCCCGUAGGCAUCGCGUAUAGCCCUCGUCAAAAUUGGUCAUAAAUUGGAUAGCUGCUCAACCCUUCGAACCCUCGUGUGUAACAAGUGCGAGUGCAGCACGAUUGUUACAUUGCGUUUGAUUUAUUGAUCCCAUACGUCGAGUGAAUUUUGCGGUGAAGUGUAUAACUACGUGCGCAGUCCGGGUAAACGCUGAUACAACGUUGCUACGCAAUUAAAAGAAUUUGUCGAACGCUAUUUAUUCGUAACCCCGGUUGCAGAAUCUCCGAAGGAUUGGAAAAAUCGUUGAGAUCAAAGAAGGGAAAUUAAAAGGUCGGAAGAGCUCUGUACGCCUACGCUCGUCCAACGAAUCGCUACGGGGUCUAAAUUACCGUUCGGGGGUAGUUUACCUUUCAAGUUUUGACCGUCGAAAAAUUCUCCCGCUUCCGUACGUUCGCUUCGGUUCGCUCGAACUGGGUAGAAAAUUGCUUACGCGACUACAGUGGACAUAAAAAGCAAUCUUGUAAGACGGAAUGAAAAGGAAUAUACGUGUAUAGAGCGACGCGAAAAUAGCUCGCAAACUGUACCGAGAUCGAGAAAAAAAUUCUUUCUUUUUUCUCAGCCAAUUUUUUUUUUCCAUUUUUAAUCGGACCACCGUCCUAUGGACAAAUGAAAAUCUCGGAUGGAUCGAGAUUGAGAUUUUCGCUUUGCGGUGCAGAUAAUAAUGUGGCAUAAUUUAAGUUCCGCAAAAUCUUGUAGUAGCUAGCCCAGCGAUUCACCACUUCUCAGGCAGACUGGCAUCUCGACAGUAACUACGCCUCUUUAGAUCGCGGGUGGCGAGGCUGUUCUUUCGUCAACGGCGAAGGACAGAUGGUAAAUAAAUUGCGCGAAUCGUCCAAAGGCAAGUUUCUUAUUGAAUAAAAUGAUUUAUCGAACUCGACUUUCCGUUUUUUUCUCCUCCCACUUUUUCACCCUUCACGGCACCCCGCGGGUCCUUUAGAAUCCCGGACUCUUUAUACCGGAGUUAGAGGAAAUAAAACUUUUCCUCUACUUUUCGACUCUAUUUUUCCUUCUAUUUUUUGUUUAAAUUUUUUUUUUUUCAUCAGCCUCGAUCCACCGGAAUUCGCUUCUCGCGUCUAGACUGACCAGUUUCCGUCGAGCGCAAUCAAUUGAACACUUACCCGGUGAAACAGAUGAGUUAUUCGAAAAAUAUACGCGACGCCAGACCGCAACCGCCUCUGCUGUAAUAUCGCCGAGGUUACACAUCACGUCCGCGCGUUCAGGUGCGGUGGGUAUUUGUUUUUGUACAAGGGUGAAAUGGCGAAUGUUAGUCAAACACGGUCGUUGGAUGGGGUGUGCUAUUGUUUCAACCGAGUGACUAAUUUCGUAUAAUAUUGAUGGAACCGCCCGCAAAACGACGAACUUACGCAAUAAUAAUAAUAAUAAUCGAUAAUGGAGCGCAAACUUUUCGCAUGAAAGCCUUUGCUUACCUUGCAAGUCUGGAGAAGAAACGUAAUGGGAUUAAAAAUUACGGUACUCGCUGAAAGAAGAACACGGAAAAGGGGUGAAAUCAAACGGGGUUAUCACCGAACCACAAUCCGGGGUCGCGAAAGAAAACAUUCAGAAAUGUCGUCAUGUGCGCUGUCUCGUUUUAUUUGAAAAAAAAAAAAUCGAUAUACAGAAUCAAAAAAAAAAAAAAAAAAAGAAAAAAAAACUGUGAAGUAAUAACCUGCAGCUGAUGCUUUGAAAUUUGUAUGCAAAUGAAGUGCACUCGGUGUCGUCGCAAAUACACGAUAAUAUGCCGACGAUGUUUUUCCGAGCAAAAAAAAAAAAUAAAAAAAAAUAAAAAUAUUGUUACGGACUUAAUUUUAUUCUGAAAAAAGAUAAUUGAAUAUUCACCACGACAAGCAAUUUCCGUCAUCGCGAAGCCAAAGCAUCUCUGUACGGUACUGCAGGCGAUACAAAGCCCACCCGUAACUCUACGUUCACAUUCAAUGACAAAUUUAAUCCAUGUAGUUAGAGUCCUUUGGCGCGAUGCAACUCUCGUAUUGAAUAAGAUCGAUUACUCAAGAGUCCCGUGAAUAUUCAGAGGUAGAGAAGUCUUCUCAUUAAAUCCCCUACCUCGAGGAAUAUCAUCGGGUACACUCGAGUCAAAUUUUUAUCAACCAAAAAUGUCACGGGAAAAUUAAAAAAAAACAAAAAAACAAAAAAAAAAAACAAGAACAGAAUAAAAUGAAAAGGGAACGACAUCGUAUAGCCCCUCGCAUCGCAAGGGAAAUUCAUUUUUCACACUGUAUUGACUUUUGAAUAAGUGAACGUUGACGGCGCUGGAAAAGAAAAAAAAAAAAGAAGGAGUAAACGGACUUCUUGCCAAUUUCCAACCAACCCUGCAUUAAAUAAACAUGGACCGAUCGUCCCCGCAAUAUCGUAGGUUAAUAAUUCAUCUGCGAUAUAGAAGAAGAAAAAAAGAAUUUUUUCGAGCUUCGGUAGCUACGUUUCAGCAUGAGGAAGUUGAAUGCCUCGAGUGAGAAUUUUCUCAGCUCGUAGGUACCCACCCUUGUACAUGAACGAUGUAGAGGUUCGUAUCGGAGUUGAGCUUUCCGAUGUGAUACCCUCGGGAUAUGGUCACCGGUGUCCCAACUGUUGAGUUCGCAACCACGAAGGUCGUAAAUUAUUCAAAAACAUACAUCCCCAACGUACAUAUCCGGCGACGAUACUACUCGUAUUAAAAUAUGCCCAGGGAAUAAAAGGAAAACUGGGGAGAAACUGCCCCUGUAACCAAAAUUUUCAAAGUAUCAGGAUUUGGAAAGAACAAAAAAAUUAGUGGCGUCGUAAUAGAAAGUCCGUUCGAACGUUUUCGUGACUAAAUCGGAUAAAACAAACUUCAACGUUGCGUCGAAAAUAAAAAUGAUCGAAUAAAUAAAAAGACAAUAGAACAUUGUCAUUGAAUGAUUUUCAUUUUCCUACAACAAACAGAGCGUCGCAUGGAUUCUCUGUUUAUUGAUUCGGUGUUCGAACAAAUAUAAGUUUUUUUUUCUAUUUCGCCUGUUUGUUGAGAAAACAGAAAAAAAAAAAAAGUAAAGAAAAAUAUCCUGCAGCAAUAGAUGAAGUUGAGUAUACGUUAAUCUGGUUUCUCCCGAUAUCGGCGUGAUCGGAGAUAAAAAAAAAAAAAAAGGACAAGAAUACAACAAAUAAGGAAAAAUCGAAGGCUGAGCAAGGGCACAGGAAGGUAGGGGGCGAGUGGAGUAUUAUCGAGUAUAUUUGGUUGCGUUUGAAAUUGGUCGGGUCAGAUCGGUUUAGGCGACCCGAGAAAUUUAUUGGCAUAACCCGAUAGUUGCGUGGAAGACCAAGCGACGAAGGGUAGGGGGUAGGAAAAGCGGUAGCAACGAGUCGUAUACGUACACGUAUACAGGGGUAUACGGGGGGGGGUCGAUGGUACGCCGAUAGAUAGAAAGGCUUCACGGGUUUUCAAAUCCUAAGAGCGGUGGAUUAGAUGCGGUUGGUUUACCGAGGACUGAGAACCCGGGACGGGCAAGGACUACUUCGAUCCCGUCUCGAGGGAUUAGAGAGGAGAGUUGCGGGAAUACAAGCGUAUUGCCCAAGAAAAAUACAAGAUGAUACAGGUACGGGCGAGACGAAAAUCUAGAUCGAAGUAUAUCGGGCGAAAAAAAGUUGCAACGUUGUGUGGGUAUACCUAUAUACAUAGUGAGAACGGAGACUCAUCAAGCCCCGUGAUAUCGACGAGGGUCAUCUACCCGUAACAACCGUCCCAAGAGAGUUUCAAGAGAGUUAACUGAUAAAAUUAAUCGAGAAUCGUUCGAUCGAAAUAAUUGGCCAGCGAUUAAAUUAAUGAAAUUUGUAUAUUGCACACGUACAAUCACACCGGUUAUACACUCGGCGCUCCGAUUGAUCCGGAGUUCGGCUGGGAAGCCAUCCGAGCACAGAACUGCGUAGACAAUGCGCAUCUGGUUCAUGAAGUGGUAAUUUCGCACUUUGCUAUUUUCGCAACUUUCCGUUGAGAAACAUUUGAAAAGAAAGAGACGUACGAAGCAGGAGGAAUGAAAUUUUCAUAAAAGUAGAUCCAACGGCAGCUUUUAAUGGGGAUUUCAUUUUUCGACUCCGCGCCUGAGACAUCCGAUCCGAGUCUUUCCUUCGAAAUAUCUCAUCCGAAAAACUGCGACGAUAACUGAUCGGAGACGAAUCGAACUCGUGCUCACUUGUUAGCUUAAAGUUUAGGGUAGAGCUGACGAGAGAAUGUUGAGAAUGAAUAUGAAAGUAAAAAA